UAAAGCUGUGUAUGCAGAUUUAACGGACGUCGCUUCUCCGCAAUCUGCUGCAUUUGUGUGUUAUGUUACGGCAUCCCGGAUCGUUCCUUUCGCUACCGGUGAAAACUGCAUUCGCGACAAUCCGUUCAAAAAUCUCAGAUAGUACGCAAUGAUUGAUCCUUCACGAAGAAAUUUGCAUCCUUUUCGUCUCAUUCGUAUUUUUUUUCUUCUUGAUUGAAAUAAUCAACCGGUUAUUUCUCAAAAUCUCAAGAGAUAUGAGUCUUGCGUAUAAGGAUUCUACAAAUCAGUUCGGCCCUUUACUCGUAAAACCCUCUUUUCUCUGAAGAAGGGUUUUUAAGGCAAAAUCGAACGGAAAAAAAAAAUAAAAAUGCCCACUUGUUCGAGCGAGAAUACCUCAACAUUAUGGUCAACUAGCCCGCCAAUGUCGCGAAGCAACAGCGCAUCACCACCGCUAACAACUGUUUCACCGUUGUCCACAUCGCCACCCCGGAUGUCAUCACCCGUGUUCACGAUGAAACGUUCGACAUCGAAUAUACUCGUUUCGACAUCCAACGCGCCGCCAGCUAGCCUUUCCCGAGUAUCAUCGCUCUCGAAUAUGCCAACGGUAAUAAUCUCCCAGAGACGACAACAACAGCAACAGUCGAUGAUCCAUCAAGAUCGGAGCAACAUCAAGCGAAACUUACUAUCCUGGAUCCUGUUUUGGUACUUUGGUCUGUUGUCGGGCAUUCUUCGGAGUAUCUUCAACACCAUCAGUUACGUGAUCUGGGCACCCGCUUUAUGGGCAUCGGCCUGGAUCUGCCUAUUCUGGGUAAUUUUGCAGCUUCCGCUCAUCAUCCUUAAAUGGUUCAUCACUGUGCUGCACACUCCGGCAUAUGAAAGAUCACGCAAUAAACGAUGUGUGCUCAUCAGUGGCGGUAGUACGGUGCAAGCGGUACAUCUAGCGCGUAACUUCUAUAAGGCAGGGGCCCGGGUAGUGGUGUGCGAGCUUGACGGUCUCUUUGGCCUGGCCAGAUUCUCCACCGCCUGUUCCAAGUUUUAUACGAUACCGCGACCUGGACCUAGAAAUGUUGUCGAAUACAUAAAAGCGUUGCGAGAUAUAGUUGAACGCGAAAAGGUGGCUUACUACAUACCAGUGAGUGCCGCCAGUAUCGCUUAUUACGAUGCCCUAGCGAAACCACAUCUCGAGACUAUGGGUUGCGAGUGUUUCGUGCCCGAUACUAGCGAGGUAACCGCGCUGGAUGAUCCGUUGGAAUUGCUGCGACGUUGUCGUCAGUUCGGUCUUCCGAUUCCGCAGCACUUUCUGCUGCGAUCACAGCAAGACCUGUUCCAACUCUAUGAGCGAAACGCGUUUCGUACCGGCAGGUAUAUGAUGCUAGCCGCCGGUCCUGCUGGAAUGCGCGACCGAGCCAAGAUUUUGUUACCACCUACCGUUCGGGAAUUGAGAAACCAACGACAAAACGAGAUCAGCGACAGGCGACCUUGGGUGAUAAUUCGCGAUCCCGAUGGAGAUCAUUUCAUCACGUGUACCACGCUAAAGGAAUCGCGAAUCGUGGCCAACGUGACGUGUCGGGUGGACGAGAAUCAUGGUGGACUCAUACCCGAGGAAUGUCCCGAGAUCACACGGUGGCUCGAACGAUUCUUUGCACGUUCCUUUGGUGGCAGAACCAACGGUCAUGUGAGCUUCCAGCUGGCGAUGUCGCAGGAGGGCGAGCUAGUGCCCAUAGGUUGUCGCGUAGGUGUGAGUCUGCCCUACGUCUGUCAUACGGGAAUACAUCCGCGCCUAGUGUGGAAACCCUGUCGUCACUUUUCCAGACAAAAUUCAGCGGUUAGAUCAGGUUCAUUGGACAGGCAAUCGCUAUCCGAUACCUUGACUAGCGCUUUCAAACAACCGGCGUUCAGUGAUCAGACGGAGCCUCAUCUCUUGGGCACGAUGCUGGACAAGAAGGAGUCCCUCUUCGUGUACUGGGAUCCUUUACCUUAUUGUGCCUAUUAUCAUCUUCAAUUGCCUUUUAGACGCGUCGCCGGAGUCAUCAGAUCGCAACAUAAUCCACCUCUAGGAGUGGUACAAUAGAACUUCAACAAGCUUGUUGAAAAAGCUCGACAAAAAUUCUCUUCGUGUAUUAGAGAUUUCCUGCGUUUGAAUCUCUGCAGCAUUGAUCCCUGAGAAGAAAUGAAUGUGCCAAAGAGAGAUCCGAGGACGAAAAAAUCCCGAUGUACUUAUUUUUUUUUGUGAAUGAUUGUGCAGAGUGUAAUAUUAUUUAUUGAAGAAUGAUAUCGGGGCGAAGCGAUAUUCAUAAUUUUCCAUGCUCAAAUCUCAUCGGCAGCAAAGAGUUACGUAUUCCCUUGCGUCGUACUGUAACAUAAAUGAAUAUGAUCUUUAAUGAUUAAACACGAUGCAUAGAGAGUAUGAGAUAAAGAAAAAGAGAGAAAGAAUUUAUAUGUUGUGUAUGUAUGCAAGUAUACUCGUUUCACUUAUUGAUUAAUGAAAAUAAUGUUACAUAAUGUAGUAAUGCUAGUCUCUCAUCGAGAUAGAAAGAAGAGGGAGGACAUAAUCAAAGAGUACUUGAUAAGUUUCUCUAAAGAUUCGUUCAAAAGAGAUGACAAAUUAUUCGUGUCACCGAUCAUCGCGUUUGUUCGAUGAUUUUAAUGAGAUGAAAAAGUGUUAAACGAAUUAAAAAUAAAAGUGUAAGGGUCAAGUUCAGCUAUAUCGGUUAAAAAGACGCAAUCGAUUCUUCGUGUCACCAUCUUUGCUCGAUAGGAGGAACGUGAGCAUACGGACGAAAAAACAUAUAUGCAAAUCGCAUGCUAUCAAUACCGAUUAUGCUAAACGGGAGACUUUUGUGCCGCGAUUGAUAUAUAUUUCUGUCUCUUUUUCUAGACUGUCACAAAGCAAAAAAAGAUCUAUACAAUAAUAGCGAAAAUAUCCGUUUAACUAUAAUGUCGCUUUGCUAUAUUUUACCAUAAUCGUGGUUGCGAUCGAGAGAGUACCUUUAGAUUUGUUUCUGAGAGAUCUCAUCUUUUUGAUUUAAUUUAUUCACGAAGAAAAUGAUUACCUGAAGAUGCCAGCGAAUCACAUUAGAAUAAAAAGAUAAUAUUUCAUUAACCUUUUAAAGCGACUAUCGUCUAAGUAAAAAUGAAAUCGGAGAAAAUAAUAUCUGAGACUUUCUAUCAUUCGGUUCUACUCAAUUAAAAUCGAUCGUGGUUCUCGUAAAUAUGUAAUAGCAAAGGAUAUUCGUAUUUAAUACCAUUAACAAUACUAUUUAUAUAAGUUUUUUUUAGAUCAACAAAAGCGAGAUAUAAAUGUUUGAUUUCUUAAUUCAUGUUUUGUAAGUAGGAGUUUAACCCUUUCGAUAUCGUUUUUUUUUUGC